UAGGCCGCUCGUUGGUCACACCAGCAGCAUCGUUCGUAGUAUUCAGGAGGCAACUGUCUGCGUAUGACUUUUCCCAACCGCCAGUAAUCUAAUCUAUUUCAAUCAUUUGUGAACCGUGAUAAGAGAUAGACAUUUAUCAGAUUAUUCGUUGACAGGACUUUUUCUGGCAUACUCAUUCGUGGUGGCUAUUCGAGCGAGUGUAGCAAAUUACUUUUUUGCUCUAAACCGAAACCUAGUAGAGCCCACCAUUGUUUGCUCUCGUUGGUUGCUUUUGUUCCGGUGCACCCUCAAUCAGUUCGGGUCCCAUCACUGUGGACGGAACGUGGUGAAUUACUUGGCCAACGGAAAAGGAGCAAGUUUUUCGCCUUCUGAUUCGGAACGUUCGGAGCGUGCUUUUCGGCGACGACGGUUCGUGAUUCUGCUCUUGUUGGUCCUGAUGGAGGAUAGCGGAAAAAAAUGAAAUUAUGAUAAAAUAUUUGCAGUAGUGAAAAAGGCGUGCUGGGAAAGCGGCGAUUGUAACAAGUGAAUUCGGACCGAAAUUGCCAGAAAUUGUAUUUUUUUUUUGUCUGCUCCAUCUGAACUGGGAAAUUAUUUAUGAAGGGUUGCUGUACUUGUGGCAACAGGAAAAAGCAAAUUUUCUUUUGAAUUUGGCCUCAUUGAGCGAGUUUUUUUUUCGUCGAAGAAGAGAACAAAUUGAAAAGGUGGAAUCUUUUUUACUCUUUGACCGGUUUUCAAUUGUCUGUGAUAAGAAACUAGAUAAAGUAGAAGAAGGCAUAAUCCGAGACGGAGCGAGGGCGUUCAAAAUGCCAUUCUUCAGCAGGAAACCCACCGACUCGAUAGUGCUUGUGUCGAGUUUGGUGUUACUUUCGAUGGUCCUGCUGUCGGAUUUCGUGCCGGCGGAAGCUGGCGAAGUUAGCGAACGAAAUCAUAAAGCCAUGAGGCCGUUCGGUUUAAGGGCAGUAGUGAAUGAACCGACAACUACGGUUGCUAAUGAUGAGCAGGAGGAGGAGGAGGAGGAGGAGGCUGAAACCACGGGUACUGAUGAUGCUGAUCAUAAUAAUGAGGCUGGCGAUUCGGAUGAAGAUGACGAUAAUGGUGAAAAUGAGCAAAAUAGGGUCACAGCUGGCCCGAACCAUCGGAUUGUAGUGACAACUCCGAGUAGCGCUAAUUAUGUUGCGACUACGCCGAAAAUCAUCAAAUCGUCGAAGGUAAUGAGCAGAUACGAACAAGGUCUGGAGGACUACGAUGAGGCGGCUGAAAGGGUGGAACGAGAGAAGAAACAGCACAGCUUCCGGCAGCAGUAUGACACAGUGGUGCAACCGUUCCUAACGUUGUUUAACGUGAUAAGCACCGCUCUGUCGUACGGAAGAUCGAUGGGAACGUCGGGAGAUGGGCUGAGUGCAGUCAGCAUUCUUGGAGCAAUUCGUAGGGCAGCCAACGGAAGUGGCACCGGUGCUGGUGGUAAUGAUCAGAAUAAGGACAUAAACAGUGCAACAUCAACAACCGGCGAGGAUGAUGCAGCUCAGCAAAGAGAAAACUCGACCGCAGUGGCAACCGUUGAAGGCAGAUACAUCAAGGGAGACCCACUGAACGGAUACUAUGACUUUAUAAUCUCCGAAGGAUCGUACAAAUUCUGGGCCGUUUUUCAGGUUGCAACGGCUGUUUUGAUCAUCUAUUCUACAUUUGCCGCCAUCUAUUAUUCGAAAGUGAGUCCACUCACAUCCGAUUACGAUUACAUUGACUACUUGAACGGUGGCAGAUCCUUCUCCGGUGCACGAUCAGCGACCGGAGCGGUUGAUCCUUGGGACAGUCUGCUCAGUAAACCCUGGUUCUCGGUGGCUACCCGAUCGUUUGGUUUCGUGAUGGAUGCCAUUGAAAGAGUACCGAAGUAACUUUAGCAACUAAUAUUGAAACUUUUUUUUUAUUGAUAGAGUAGAAUUUUAAUGAAACAUUUGACACUAUGUUGGAUCGUUGAUUUUCUAAUGUUUCAUUUGAAUACCACUUGUUGACUGCAGUUCACGGAAACUGAGAAGUCAAUUUUGAUUGAGUACAUAAUAGGUAGGAUCAAUCCAUUUGAGAUGGUUGUCUGUCGAAGGUGGAAGUUAGUUUGUAAAGAAGUACUAAUUGGCGGUGAUGAAGUAGAACAACAAUAUUCCUGAUCACUGCAUGAAUAGUUUUAAAGCAAAGUAAAAUGUUUUGACGAUGAAAA